ACAACUUCUUGUGACAAGGAGUUUGGAUUGCCAUCAUCUCAUAUCAUGAAAUCACAUUUCAGGGGAAUAUCUGACUCCAAAGCAGUGGUUUCUGCUUGGAAAUGUUCAUUAAUGUAAGACACUGUCCUCAUGAAACUUCUUCCAGAGAAGGGGUGCAUUUUAAAUAAGGUGAUUAAAUUUAAAAAAUGUGAAAGCGUGGACAAUUCUACGAAACACUGAAUAAAGAGAGCUCACUGAAAGUGAAAGUAUAUUUCUGAAAGUGAAAAUCAGAGGAAAUAGCAGCUGAUGUAAGAAGAAGUAUACUAAGGAUCGUUACUUGGGGAUAUUUUUUAAGAUGUGGUGAAGAGCCUUUGUUUUCAUCUGUACAGUUUAUAGUGCCUUAAAGAUGGGGUUUGGAAGUGACUUGAAGUAUUCGCAUGAUGCUUUAUUAAAACUGCAAGACUGGGAACUACGACUGCUCGAAACGGUCAAGAAAUUUAUGGUCAUGCGUGUAAAAAGUGAUAAAGAGUAUGCCUCCACUUUACAGAAUCUUUGUAAUCAGGUAGAUAAAGAAAGCACUUGUCAAUUGGAUUAUAUCAGCAAUGUAUCCAAGUCUUGGUUGCUCGUGGUACAACAAACAGAACAGCUGAGCAAAAUAAUGAAGACGCAUGCAGAAGAUCUUAAUUCCGGGCCUUUACAUAGGCUUACAAUGAUGAUCAAGGACAAACAGCAAGUGAAGAAGAGUUACAUAGGGGUUCAUCAACAAAUUGAAGCAGAGAUGUACAAGGUCACAAAGACAGAACUUGAGAAACUAAAAUCUAGCUAUAGACAACUAAUAAAAGAAGUAAAUUCUGCCAAAGAAAAGUAUAAAGAAGCCGUGGCUAAAGGAAAGGAGACUGAGAAAGCCAAAGAUCGAUGUGAUAAAGCCACUAUGAAGCUUCAUAUGUUGCAUAAUCAGUAUGUAUUGGCACUGAAAGGAGCACAGUUGUAUCAGCACCAAUAUUAUGACACUACGCUUCCUUUGUUACUUGAUUCACUACAGAAAAUGCAAGAAGAAAUGAUUAAAGCCCUAAAAGGAAUCUUGGAUGAGUAUAGCCAGAUCACCAGUCUUGUUACAGAAGAGAUUGUGAAUGUCCACAAAGAGAUCCAGACUUCGGUUGAACAGAUAGACCCUAAUUCUGAGUAUAACGACUUCAUAGAUACUCACAGAUCUUCAGAAGUUGUUGAACAAGAAAUAGAAUUUGAUACGUCCUUAUUAGAAGAAAAUGAAAACCUUCAAGCUAAUGAGAUCAUGUGGAAUAACCUAACAGCAGAAAGUUUACAAGUCAUGUUAAAAACAGUAAUAGAAGAACUCAUUCAAACACAGCAAACACUUUUGAGCAAAGAGGAACUUGUGUUGGAACUAGAGAAAAAAAUAGAAGACUCUUCUAAGACGUGUGAAAAGAAGUCAGAUAUUGUUCUCUUGCUGAGCCAAAAGCAAGCACUGGAAGAACUUAAGCAAACUGUUCAGCAAUUAAGAUGCUCUGAGGCAAAAUUUGCAGCACAGAAAGAACUACUGGAACAAAAAGUGCAAGAGAACGAUGGGAAAGAACCACCACCUGUAGUGAAUUAUGAAGAAGAUGCCAGAUCAGUCACUUCUAUGGACAAGAAGGACAAAGUCUCAAGAUUUGAUACUAUACGUCACUCCAUAGCUGGAAUUAUAAGGUCUCCAAAAUCCAUGUUGGGCUCAUCAUCAUUCUUUGAUGUAAUAUCAACCACAGAGAAACCGUUGGCAGAACAAGACUGGUAUCACGGUGCAAUUCCAAGAAUAGAAGCCCAGGAGCUGUUAAAACAGCAAGGAGACUUCUUGGUGCGAGAGAGCCACGGGAAACCUGGUGAAUAUGUCCUUUCUGUGUUUUCAGAUGGACAACGGAGACACUUUAUCAUACAAUAUGCUGAUAAUCAAUAUCGUUUUGAAGGAACUGGAUUUCCAACUAUUCCUCAGCUCAUAGAACAUCAUUAUACAACAAAGCAAGUUAUUACAAAGAAAUCUGGUGUUGUUCUGCUGAAUCCUGUUGUGAAGGAUAAGAAAUGGGUUCUCAAUCAUGAGGAUGUCACUCUGGGAGAAUUACUGGGCAAAGGUAAUUUUGGUGAGGUAUAUAAGGGAACGUUAAAGGAUAAGACACCUGUUGCUGUAAAAACCUGUAAAGAAGAUCUUCCUCAGGAAUUGAAAAUCAAAUUUCUGUCAGAGGCCAGAAUACUCAAACAGUAUGACCAUCCUAAUAUUGUAAAACUCAUAGGAGUUUGCACACAAAGGCAACCUAUUUAUAUUGUUAUGGAACUUGUUCCAGGAGGCGAUUUCCUGUCCUUUUUAAGAAAAAAGAAGGAUGAGCUGAAGACCAAACAGUUAGUGAAAUUUUCAUUAGAUGCUGCUUCUGGUAUGGCGUACCUUGAAUCGAAAAACUGUAUACACAGGGAUCUGGCUGCAAGGAACUGCUUGGUGGGUGAAAGCAACAUACUGAAAAUAAGUGAUUUUGGAAUGUCUCGUCAAGAGGAUGAUGGAGUAUAUUCAUCAUCAGGCUUAAAGCAGAUUCCUAUCAAAUGGACUGCCCCAGAAGCCCUCAACUACGGGAGAUACACAUCAGAGAGCGAUGUAUGGAGCUUUGGAAUCCUUCUGUGGGAGACAUUCAGUUUAGGAGUAUGCCCGUAUCCUGGAAUGACCAACCAGCAAGCACGAGAACAAGUUGAGAAAGGUUACCGAAUGUCAGCACCACAGAAAUGCCCAGAAGAAAUAUAUAAAAUAAUGCAGAGGUGCUGGGACUAUCAUCCCGAGAACCGACCAAAAUUCAGUGAGAUUCAGAAAGAGCUAUCUUCAAUCAAAAAGAAAGUGACAUAGUGAUGUACUAGUGCCAAACUCAAUAUGUGGGACUUGAUUUUCCAUUGACGUAUUUUUUCCCCUUAAACACUAUGCGUUUAUACAACAUUAUUUGCAAUAUUCAUUUAGGAUUACUUUAAAAUUAACUGGUUUUUAUAUACAUGUGUACCAUCUUGAAUUAUGUCUACACCUGCAUUAAAGACAUAUACUGCCAAAUGCUAUAUAUCCAAUCACAGUAAUAUUGUCAUUUAGGUUACAUGUAAAUAGGAAAGCAGAUACUGUAGAUUUAAGGAAUUGUGGCUUUUAUGUGUUUUACAGCAAGUAACUGCUAAUUUUUCAGAGUUUUUCUACUUAACACAGUCUUCUCACUCUGCUGUCCCUGUCUCAGUUGUCAACACCAGCAGCUCUCUAACAUGGUGACUGUGUCAUGCAUGUUGGCCUUAAGACUGAAGACAGUUUUGACAAGUAUUUCAGCUAGAAAUUUUUGUAUUUUUCAAAUUCUAUCUGCAACUUAUUCUUUUUUUUUAUGAUAGCUUGUUUCAAGGGUAAAGGUCAAUUAGAUUCUGGAUGUAAGUUUGCUUACCAAACAGCAAAAUCCAGAAAUUUCUUCUGUAGAAAAUUGAGCUACAUGUUCAUUUCUUACCAUGCUAUAUUAAGUUCUUAUGACUUUUGAUAUUAUUUACCUAUGCCCUUUAGUCUACCCCUUUUUUUUCCUAUGAAGCCAUCAGAAUUCAGUAAUGUGUCUUCUUUAAUUACCUAUGUUUGUUUAAGAAACAAACAAAAUAACAGUCAUUGAGCACAUUCAUUGUUAAGAGAUACUGCAAAUCAUCUGUCUUCCAAAGAAUGGGUAAAAACAAUAGGCCAACAGAAAGAGGUUUGCUAACGAUAGCAGCAUUGUAAUAGGUGACCAAUAGCAUUGAUCUUAGAGGAGUUAAACAGUGUAAAUUUCUAGAUUUGCUUUUGAUCUGAUGUUUUUCCCUUAAAUUGGCAAUAACCCUCAGUGUGCUGUUGGAGCUUUUAAAAGGUUACACAAAAAAAAGCACAUUCCAUGCGUAGUGUUGAAGGGAAAACGCUAUGUUUAUAUGGCAUGAGGAAUUAUCCAAGAAACCCAAAUAAGAACGUGUAUUUUAAGUCUGUGACAGGUGAAACGAAGCAGAGUAGAAAUACUCACCUUCUAAAUUUUUAAAAUCAUUACAAUCAGGUUUUAAAAGAUGGGGGAUAGACAAAUUGUAAAUGUCACCAAAAAUAAAGGAAACUUGUUAAAAAAAAAAAAAAAAAAAGGUAACAUUCCAUAGUAUAAGAUACAGUAGACAGGGAAUAGAGGAAAGGUACAGUGUGUUGCUCUGACUUUGUGUUCUCUUCAUAGUGGGGAUCAUUUUCUUUUGUUUCUACAUAGAAACAAAAACAAGUUACAGUACCCUGGUCCGAGCUCCAGAGUUAAGGUGCUUAAGAUUUCUUCAUGAAUUAAAUAAAAUUUUUCAGAUCAAGGAAUGUCUGUUGCUGUUACUACAAGUACACGGAGACUGAAGGUAACACAGCAUUAUUAGCCCUAUGUAGUGAAAUCUGUGGCUACACUGCAUUUUUAUUUCCCUUAAGGCGGCUUUUCUGUCAUCCACAGAAUUUAUGCUCUUUUAAAGCAUGUUUGUGGUAGUGCAGGGUGGUAAUGAUUAAGGGCUAUGUGUGACAAAAAUAUGUGUAAUCUAAAAGAAUUUGUCUGGGGGCUGCUCCGAAAGUAAUGCAUCCUGUUUUAUUACGUUGGUCCAUGAUGUCAGAGGCAGUUGAUUGUGGUAUGGCAGCACAGGGGCAGCCUGACAAUAUGGCAUCUGACAUGGAAAUGUAGAUGAAGCAAAUGUGUGUCACUGAAUUCCUCCAUGUAGAAAAAAUGGCACCCACUGGCAUUCAUUGAUGCUUGCUGAGUGUUUGUAGAGCCUGAACAGUCAGGUGGUGGGUGGUGCAUUUCAGCAGCGGUGCCAGCAGUUUACCUCCACUGGUGCAGGUUUUUAUAAGCACAGCAUGCAGGCUUUUGUUCUUUGCUGGCAAAGAUGCAUAGCUCAUGGUGGUGCCAGUGUUUGGAAUUAAUGUAUUGUAGUUGAGAAUUUGCUCUAUCAAAUAGUGUUAUUGUGCUUUUUGUAUCUGUCGUACUUUCCAUGGAAGUCAGUGGGAGGCAUUACUUCUGGAGCAUCCUACAUGCAUACCCAUUAAGGUGUAAUACUUGGCAAACUUGAUGGCCUGAAUUGAAACUUCCUUAUCAGGAAAUUCCUUAUACUGGACGUAUUUUCUUAGUACUGUAUUUCCGAGUAGCCCAAAGAUAUUUUUCAAGAGCAGUGGGAAGCAUUCUUGUUCAUUUGUGUGCUAUUAAGUAUUACACACAGUUUGUGCCUUAAUUUGCUUGUAUGCUAAUGCAAAUGCAAGUGCACUAAGAUUAAGAAAUGCACCACAACGAUAUGGAAAAAUCCCUGUCUCAAAUCUAUUAUUAAUCCAACUGCUGGUCAUUAGGUAUGCACCAAGAAAGUCUGCAAGUAAGGGUAAUGGUGUCUUCUCUAUCAGCAUUCAUUGAUUCUCUGGAGAGUUGAUAUUCUUCUUCUGUGAAAGAGAUGAAUUACGUUUCUUUGCUAUAUGCCCUGGACAGAAAAAAAAACAAAAAAAAAAAAAAAAAAAAAAAAAAAAACAAAAAACAAAAAAAACCCCAAAAAAACAAAAAACAAAAAACAAAAAAAAAAAAAAACCCUUCUUUUUAACGAAAUACUAUUUUAUUUGUCCAUCUUGAUUCUCAUAUAUAGAUAAGAAAUGCAUUCUUAUUUAUUCUGAAAUGAUUAACAUUUGUAAUUCAUAUCACAGUUCUGUUUAAAUGUAGUGUACUUCUUAAAAAAUGGGGAUAAUUCAGCAGCAAGAAGAUAUAUUGUUGCUGCUGAAGUCAGCAUAAGUUCAGCUAAAAAAUAAUCAUUCUUCAGGAGAAUACCAGCUUGAGUUUAAAAUAAAAUAAAUUAUAACACAUAUAAAAGGUAUAAAAUGAAUUUAAACACAUAGUCUCUUCAAUUAUUUAAUGCUUUUUUUUUUGCCUUUUUUUUUUUUUUUUUACAAUUAAUUUUUCAGUGUUUGUGGCAGAAUUUGUUCAUCUUUUCUCAUUUGUAGUUAAUGCCAUUAUACUUUAGGAAGUGCAAUCCCUGCCUAUGAAUACUUAGUCUCUAAGUUUCUAUGAAUUUCUUGCUGGAGGAGAGUUUACAAACAAAACUGCCCUAUGAUGAAAUGUAAGAGACAGACAUAGUAUUCAGGAGCCAAAGUCACCACAUCUGCUUUCUAUGAACUUUUGAUGACUGAAGUCUUGCAUUAUGCAUAGGUUGUGCAAGUACUUGUGGCUGCACAUAGCUUGUAGACUUGAUUUGCUAUGGAGAGUUCACAAAAAAUGUCAGUCUCUCUUGGACAUACAGUAUUUCAAGUAGGUUCUUAAAUCUGCACUCAGUCUCAGCCAGGUGGAGUCCAAAGGAGUUCUGAACUGUGUACACUGCUCAAUGGGAGGGACUCAGAAUACUCUUAAGGGCUGAGCCCAGAUGUUGUCUUCAGAAUUCAGCUGUCGGUGAAAUCAUGAGGAUUCCUCAGCAUUUCAGUUUUAUUGGAAGCAAAGUAUUGAAAAGCAUCGUGUCUGUAAACAAACUCACUUCAGCAGAGGUGUAAUCUUUUAGAAGUAGCACUCCACCAAGACCUUAUCCUUCAAAUGUACAUUUUCGUCAGUUUCUAAUAAAAACAAUGAGGCAGUUUUUCAUGUAGUGACUAAAGUUAUUUUGCAUUUCUUCUUCAGUUUGUAAAGUCUCAUCCUGUUUAUGUGAAGCAGAGAACUAGUUAAGGAAAUAGUAGCUUAUUGUUUAAUCUGUGUCUUUAACCACCUGUUAUAAUUACCCACACCUGAAACUUACUAUGAUGUUAUCCAUUCAUUAUCUAUUAUGACUAUUUUAACUACUUUGUUAAGCUUAUUGCACCCAUUGUAAAGAUACUGUUGGUAAAAAGCACAUGCAAUAAACGAAUAAGUAAAUAAACAAGUACUUCUCCUGAGGUUACAUAGAAUAACCAGAACCCAGAAGCAUUUAAAAAUGCUUUGCAUCUCUUCCCAGAUGUCCUGCUGCACGGAUAGUACCAGUUGUCAUUAACUGCAGAGCCUGUGUCCUUAGUCUGACUGUCACGUCCUCUACAUGGCAGUGCCUCUGAUGCAUUUUCAACUGUGAAUUGUUGGAAGGGAUGAGUUAGUGUGUAAAUAGUGUCAUUACAGAUGAUAUUCAAGAGCAUCACUUCUGGAGGUGGCUGGUUGUAACGAGCAGUGAUAAAUCAUUCUAAGGAUGGAAUAAAAAGAAAGAGGCAAAUAGGGAAAAUCCACUUCCUAUAACAGCUGUCUCAUUUGUGGGCAGUACUAAUGUUGUUACAGCAGUGCACUUGUAUUUGUAACGUUUUUAUGACUAAGAGUAAAUUAGUUUGCUAUUAAAAUAAGAGUUCAUCAAUUACUAUUUUUUUCUUAAAGCGUAAAAGAACUUGUGAUAUUCUUGCCAGGCUAUUUCUUGGAUAUUGUGGAGGGAAGAAUACACAGAGGAUGGAGAGAUGCCCCUUGUACCAAACAAGGUAUUUUCUUUUUCUUCUUUCAGAAAUAAAGAGCUUUAAUUAGUAACAAAAAAGCACAGAGGAAGUCCUGUAUUCCUGAAGUUCUAAGCAAUCAUGGCUUAAGAGUGGUGUGCUAAAUCAGCUCUGUUAAGCAGGUUUUAUUCUGAUUUCUUCCUGCAGAAAUGACUGUAAGAAUGGAGUCAUUAAACAUUCACAACUUACGGCUUAUAAGAAAAAAAAGCAUUAACAGCAACACCUAUCAUCUUUCUAUAAGAAUAACAUCAGUAAAGAGUGUUUUUUGUAGUCUUAUACUAGAAUCCCCCCAGCACAGCAUUUCUUCCUAAAACGCAAAAAGAAAAAAGAAAAAAAGGACACCAAAAACACCAACAGGAAAAUAACCCACGUAAAAGUCUCACGCUGAAAACCCAAAAAUCCGUUGUCAAAUUCUGAAUGCUCUUCCUAGUGUUGUCACUGAUCCUUCACUGAAGCAGAUAAUGCAGCUGUGAUUUCAGCUCUGUCCAUUUCUCAGCAUUGCAUGUUUGUGCACUAUUAACACUCAGCUUCACUUGCAGACUUGGCUUGGUGAGAGUGUUCCUAAAUUGCCACUAUUUGGAAUUGCCAUCUAGUUUUAGGACUACAAAACCUUACAGACCAAGUACAUAGCUGACAUUUAUGAGUUCUGAAAGAGGUGCAUCUUCCUCCAUUUAAACCAUCCAAAAAGUUAAAGCAUUUCUGCUUUUUAAAAGGAGAAGUCAGAGAUUUCUUCUAGAUUACAUGUGUUGAAAACAUGUGCAAGGACCUUCUACUACUGAAAAAGCACAGAUCCACAUUGUCGUCUCUAUAGUCAGCUCAGUCUUUCCUAACAUUUGAAGAAAUCCCUAAUUAUCAAAUUCAGUAGUAAUAUGAAACAUUGAUUUUGUUACGUAAACUACUUCACUCAGAUCCUGUGCUUGAAUUAUUCAAGAUCCUUCCACUGCUCACGGUGUGUGGGGGGUAAUUCCAGCUGAGCUCUGCUGUAGUGCUCUGCGCCCUGCAUCUCUGAACUGUUCCUUAGUUCUGACACUGCCACAUACCACGCGUGGUGCCUGUCGCUUAAUCCAAGGAAGUUACUCUUGUGACAGAAAAACUUCAAAUGUAUCUCUGGCUUAGUUUGACUCAAAAAUAUUAUAGUGCCAUUAUACUCUCCUGUGGCAACGUGUUUGUAUGAAGACUGAACUCACUGUGAAUUAAGGUGAAGCGCAUCAUCCAAACUGUGUUUCCAAUCGUGCUACAAAUCCUGGGUGUAUCAUGAAUUGUACAUACCAUAAAAGACACUGAAAAACAGCAUUCCUGACUGCCUGGUUUGUGGUACAGAGCGUCCCGCUCACAUGGAAAAAUUAUGAAGCUAAUUGCACUCCUGGAAAAAGGGAUGAUUUGCUGACAGACCAGAUACAAAAUGCUAUCUUUGAAAUUAGUAGCAAUGACUUAAUUCUCACUAAACCUCCUUGUAAAUAUGCCUUUUAAUUGCCAGGAAUUCCCUCUGACUGUUGAUUUGCAUUAUUUAUAUCCAUUUUUCUUUUAUAAAUUUGACUUCCAUAUGUGAUACAAUGUUUACUUGUGCUGGUAGUUUUAUCCACUACCUCCAAAUACUGAGCCGUGCAGCUUCAGGAGCUGAUCGUUGCUUUGCUCAGUCUGCAAACUCUGCAGGGAGUCAGUCUUCCAAGAGGUGUCCAAGUUGAUACAUCUUAAGGCUUUGUAAAUAUCAGCAAAAGUAAUUGUUUCAGUUCAAACCUGUUGCAGUUCUAACAGCAGUCUUCCUUAUAGGAAACACCACUUUAGUAGUAGCAUUUGAGUGUUAUUUGAGUUCAACAAGAGGGUAGAACUCUUUAGGGCAAAGGCGUAGUUAGUUGCACCAUUCUAGUGCAAAGGAAUAGCUCUCACCAUGAAAGUGAAUUGCUGGGUUCCAAUUACAAUGGCUAGGUGCCCUUGGUCAUGCUGGUACAUGGCAUGGAUGCGGCCAGGUUGCUGUAGGAAGGGCCUUGAAGUCUGCAUGGGACACUUCUGUAAGACACUUAAUGCUUGCUGCAGUCUGCCAACAAACUUGCUGGUGAGGGGAAGCUUGCUGCAUGGUGAGUUGUGACUGAUUGCUGGCAUUGCCUGAGCUUGUGCAUAAGGGAAGAGCAACAGCAUUAUUUCAUUGUCAGGCAAAAAAAGACUGUCCAGGCAAACGAAAGAGGAAAUAUGCGAGGGGGAGCUUUCCUUCCGUCUUCUGUUUAGUCAUGUUACAGAUUCAAAUCUCCAACAGAGCUACGCACUAGGGAAAAUGUUCGUGUUCCUGCUGUUGUGUAACCUGUAACUGACAGGUUAACCGGAUGGGUUUAUUUCCAAAAAACAUCUAAUAGGAUGAAACAGGCUCAUUGCACAAGGCACAAAAGUCAGGCGGACUCCUAAAAGGAAAUUGCUGAGGACUGAAACCCCAAACACUUGUCCUUUCUGUAGAAGGUCUGUAUAGUUACAUGUGCAUCCAAAGGACUCCCAUAGAGUAGUCUGGGGCUAACUGUUCUAGGAUGCCUGCUUUUCAGCUGCAGGUGUUUCUUUUCCUUUGUGCCAUUGCAGCAGCUGGGAAUGGCAGAGGGGCACUGAGGGAGGGCCGGGUCACGGAGCCACGUGCAAGGGAUCCUCGACACCACUGAUCAUGAGUAGGUUACAGCUUGCAAACAAACUUUCUUUUCCAGUUUAUGCCUGAGUUAAACACCAGCAAGUUUAAUAUCAGGUAAAGCACCUUUUAUGCUCCUGUUGUUUAAAAAUAAUAUUGUGAAACAUUGGUAAUACAUAACACUGGAAAUGAGUGCAUGGAUAGUAACACAUGUAAAUACAAACAAAAAUACCCCACAUCACAAGUUCAUCUGACUUCUAAGCAAGACUGAAAUAAUGACUAUGUAAUACAGUUGCCAGUUGUCUGUCCUUUAUAAUUUUAAAUAGAUCUGCAAUCUAACUCCAUUUAUUUGCCAUUUUUUAAUAUACUUUAAGGUUACCCUUUUGAAACUUCAGCUAACUUUUAUUUUCCUAGGCUCAUACAAAACAGAAUUCUUGUAAACUGCAGGCCAUUUUUGAAUAAUGCUCUGUCUUUUCUCAUGGACAAGUUACAUGUGCCCUUUUUACUGUACUC